AUGUCAUGUGCUGCCGCCCCUUAUAGUGCAGGUUAUAGUGUGCAUGAGAGGAUCGGUGGUCGACCCCGUCCCCUCGCUCUCGAAAAAUACGUCUUUGUCAGCCCCGUCAGCCCCGGCGUACCGAGCCCCGCCUGUCACAUCUGUCCUCUGCCCGGCUUACGCAGCCUGCUAAGCCGCCCCUUCUCUGCCGUAGCGUCCUUCCGCCCACCCCCGCUCGGCCCAGGGGUCCUCCGCCUCCUCCGCUCGGCCAAGGGGUCUUCCGCCGCCCCGCUCGGCCCCGGGGUCCUCCGCCGCCCAGCACUGUGGCCCGUCCGACCCCUGGGUCAUGGGAGGGCCGAGAGAGCCUCCUUUGGGAGUCGCCGUCGCCUUGCCGCUUUCCUGCAGGACUCCCUUGACCUCGGCUCGAAGGAGCGCCGUCACCAGGUCCUCCGCGGUGAACAUGGCGUCUCCCCAAGCCCCAGGGAACCCCAGCGCCACCCAACGCCCCUUCAGGAACCCGUCCUUCCGAGCGCUCCUCACCGCCUGUAUCGACGAAACCUCAAGAUCCCAAGAAAUAAUUCGAAAGUGCUGCUGUUAAGUGAUCGAAAUGGCAGUUGGUGUAAUGAUCAACUUUAUAAUGCAUCGACCACAGAGCAACAAAAAUGGAGGAUUAUAUGAACGAACAAUGUUGAAAUUUUAAAGUAAAAAAAAAAAAAAAAAUGGUAGUCUCUUAAUUAUCUGUAGAAUAAAAAAAGUUGAAAUAAAAGAAAAAAAAAAAAAAAAAAAAAGAAAGAAAAAUAAUCAUAAUAAAAAAUAUACAUAAACAUAAAAUGCAAGCCUGUAAACUAACAAAGAAAUGCGAUACAGAAAAAAAACAAUAAUGAGUAGAAUUAUAAACAACAACAAAAAAACACCAAAGAUAAAAGAAAAAAAAUAAAACAAGAAAUAAAAUCUAAAAAAAAGGAUAAAUACAAAUAAAACGUGCAAACCUACAGAAUACCAAUGACGUAACCACCAACAACAGACAUAAAAAAAAAAACAUAACCAAAACAGCAACCAACAAAACAAUAAAAGGCCUUCAAGUUGCAUAAAUCAACACCCUUGCAUACCUAGGGACCAACGGCGGCGUAACUUAAUUCCAACCCAGGAAUUCUGCGUAGGAGCGUUAUGAAGACAAAUAAGACGACACGAGAGGAAGAAGUAUUGGUUCCAUUGGGGAGAUGAUGGAACU